CAACCCCGUCACGCCACGUCACCGUCCAUCUCCCCCAACCUAAAGUUGGUUAAAACAAGCUGCGGCCACACGACGCUCUCUCCCCUCUCUGUUUUCACACCUCCCGCUUGGCUCUCUUCUUCUUCGACUUCCCCUCUGCAUCCUCCUCCAGCUCGGUUGGCCUGAUCUUCAUGAGUUCUACAAGCUCUGCUGCAUCAACUGUUUCCUGUGCCUCGGGAAACAACAAGAAUCUCCUCUUCUGCACUUUGAUUUGCUUAUUCCCUAUUUUUCUUGGAGUUGCUGUUGUUUUUGAGGAUUUCCUACUAUUCAAGGCUGUCGUUCGUUCCCCCUCUGCUUCAGUUCAUGUCAUUGCACCUUGAACUGAGUUUCUUAAUGUAGUUAGUCCGGUUUUCCCUAUUGUCUAGUUGUUGGAAACAUGGUUCAGAUUUCAAGAUCCAAUGCUAAUUCCUUGAGGAAGCCCUUCCAAGAUAUUGUGCGGCUUCCAAUGACACCCCUUAAUGUUCUUCCUGAGGAUGAUGUUGAUUUGGAUUUUUCCGAUGUAUUUGGUCCACUUCCCACCCAAGCCUCAGAACAUGCGGACUCUGAUGAUCCCAGGAGUGCUGUGGUUUCUCCUGUUGCAAGUGAAAUGGUUUUUGACAACCCAGCUAUAAUCUGUAGGCGUUCCCAUUCUUUGGUGGGCCCCUCCGAGUCGGUUGAUUUGGGUGAGGAAGGUCAUGGAGCGGCUGAAGAAAAACUCAAGGAAUUGUCCCAUGAGACUGCUGUCCUGAAGAAGGAUAUUGAAGAUAAUGGUGUGUCUUUAAAGGCAAUAGGGAUUGAGGACUUCCAGGUUCUGAAGGUCGUUGGUCAAGGUGCAUUUGCUAAAGUAUAUCAAGUGAGGAAAAUUGGCUCAUCAGAAAUUUUUGCAAUGAAGGUCAUGCGAAAAGAUAAGAUUGUGGAGAAAAAUCACGCUGAGUAUAUGAAUGCUGAAAGGGAAAUAUUAACAAAAGUUGAUCAUCCCUUCAUCGUCCAGCUUAGGUACUCUUUCCAGACAAAGUAUCGACUUUAUCUUGUCCUGGACUUUGUCAAUGGAGGUCACCUUUUCUUUCAACUAUAUCGCCAAGGAUUAUUCAGAGAGGAUUUGGCACGCAUCUAUGCUGCUGAGAUUGUCUCUGCAGUAUCUCAUCUCCAUGCUAAUGGAAUUAUGCACAGGGACCUUAAGCCUGAGAACAUACUUCUGGAUGCAGAGGGGCAUGCUAUGUUAACUGAUUUUGGCCUUGCAAAGGAAUUCGACGAAACUACCAGAUCCAACUCUAUGUGUGGAACUUUAGAGUACAUGGCCCCUGAAAUUCUUCUUGCCAAGGGGCACGAUAAGGCCGCUGACUGGUGGAGCGUGGGAAUUUUGUUGUAUGAAAUGCUAACUGGAAAGGUUUGCGUUUUCUUUUGCUUAACAAUUUUAUUAUUUUUAAUCAUAUUGGGAAAUUGAAAAUGUUGUCUUUUCCUCCAUACAGGAAAAGAAAAAUCCUUACUUGCAAUGUCGUAUCGCUAAAUGGAAAUGUUAUGCGUUUAGCUGUUUUUGUUUUUUCAAGAUUCUCAUGUUAAUUGUAUUGGCACCUGCAUUUAUUGUAUAUCUGAGUGAAUGAGGGGGACCUAGAGUAUAUGAAUUUAUUUCUUGGAGAAGACCCACGUAGGGGAGAGCAUUGAUUAUUUGUUUGUUAUUAAAGAUGUGGGUAUAAGAGGUUUUUGUAACUGGUUGCGGAUUAGAUUGUGUCGGAAAGUCGGCUGACAGUCUCUCAGUCUUGAACAUAUUUGUCUAUAGGAACAUAUUUGAAUAAGAUAUCUUGUCUACUAAUGAUUCAUUAUGGACCCAGGACUAUUAGUUGCUUUUCCUAUCCUCGCUAUACUAUCAAUCUUCUUGUUAUUAAUAUCUUCCACAGAAGUAAGGAGGCGUUUAUGGUUCAUCAGUGCUAUAUAAAAACACAAAUUGAUUACUUUCUUAUCCUUGUCUGACACAUUUGUUGCUAUCGUUGAAUGUAAUUUAAUACCGUGUUCUCAUCCAUGUCGCAGAAGUUAGUAAUUGUGCUAAUACUGUUUUUGCUCUUCCAUAUCCUUGCUUUCAGCCACCUUUUGUUGGAGGGAACCGGCAGAAAAUGCAGCAGAAGAUUAUCAAGGACAAGAUCAAGCUCCCAACAUUUUUGUCAAGUGAUGCUCAUUCUUUGUUGAAAGGGGUAACUUUGUUCUUCCUUGCUUGUAAAUACUACCUGGUGGCUGGGCCUAGGAUGCACAUAUUCAUGAUAGAUAUUGCUGCUUUGCUUGUGAAACUAUUUGCCGUUGUUCAGUUUGCAUGUUAAUGACGCUUCUCUGUAUUUAUCUAGUUUCUUUUUCUUGGGGGUUUCAGUUGUUGCAGAAGGAAGCAAGCAGGCGGCUUGGAAGUGGGCCAGGAGGUAGUGAAGCAAUAAAAUCCCACAAAUGGUUCAAGUCUAUCAACUGGAAGAAGUUGGAGGCUAGGGAAAUUCGACCAAGUUUUCUUCCAGAAGUUGCAGGAAUGCAAUGCACAGCCAACUUCGAGGACUGCUGGACUAACAUGUCUGUUGCAGAUUCUCCAGCCGCCAGUCCAAAAUGUUCUGAUAAUCCCUUCUUGGGGUUCACUUAUGUGAGACCGGCUGCUUCAUUUCUAAAAUCUGGUUAAAAGUUGCUAUUUAAAGUCAGCCAACCGAGCAUACCUAUUUAUGGAUUUUCCUGUAUUGUUGAACUCUUGGCUCCCCAAUAUUUAUUAUUUACAAGAGCCUGUUUUACUUGUAACUGUUCUUUGUAUCAAAUUUAAACUCUUCUUCUAAGGAGUCACAAGAGAUCUUCACUUAUUUAUUUUGUUGGGGAUAGUAAGCUAUUCUUUUGGAUGCUGCUAGACGUGAAAAUCUUCCAUUAUGUACUUGUUCCAUAGAAAGUGCAUCGCAUCAACAAUAGCCGCAAUGUCUGGUUUGGUAGCUUGACAGACUGCCCGGUGAAUAUUUUCUCAAUUUUCAACUGAAUCGAGGAAAUCCAUAUAUAGCGAAAUAAAUAAAGGCUUUAUAGUUGUUGUAAAUUGAAUCAUUUGGCUUUGUCGACCAUCUCGUCAAUCCUAUGGUGUAGAGUAAGGUGCUUGACAAACAUUGCACAAAUUUUCCUGUAGCCCUCAGGUGUCAUCAUUUCUUUUCUGGCUUUUGGAGGGCAAAGAACACUCCUUGUUUUCCCCAAAAAUAACGAAGAACACCUUGAAAAUAAAACGAGUUCGUGGAAAAUUAUUUACCAUGAAAGGUUGCACAAAUAAUGCAAGGGGGAUUCAUUAAGGAAAGUUAUUUUCACAUGAAGAUUCUCCAGGAGGAGGAUAUGGUAUCGGAAAGGCUAAUGAACAGGGAAGUGACAAAUUGCUAAAGUUCAAGCUUGUUAUAGGGCUCUACAUUGAAGAUUCUGAUUCUGAUUUUACGGGGUAUUCACAUUUGAACGCUUAGAUGCAUUGUCCUCAGACGAGGGUCUGUUAUCAACAUCAGACUGCCUAAUAUCCUCCAUCAAACGAACCACUUCAUCCAUUGAGGGGCGCAUCUCGGGUGCCUUGGCUACACAGGAGAGAGCAAUUUGAAGCAUCUGAACCAUCUCUUCAUCAACAUUUUGGUGCUUCAUCAGUUCCACAUCAAAGACUUCAGCAGUCCAUUCCUCACGAACAACAGAUCGGACCCAUCUGGGGAGAUCGAUUACAUCAUCGUGCCCAGUGGAAGGUAUUGGGGAUUUGCCUGUGAGCAUCUCCAGGAGAAGUACGCCAAAGCUGUAGACAUCGGAUUUUUGUGACACCUUUCGUGUCUCGAUUACUUCAGGAGCAUGGUAACCAAUUCCUCUUGUUUUGACACCAACAAAAUUCAUCACAGCAUUCAAGCCAAAAUCAGUGAUGCAACCCUCCAGCUCUUUACUGAGGAGCACAUUGGAAGACUUGAUGUUUCCGUGCGAAAAUCUGGCGCCGCCUUCAGAAUGUACAUGGGCAAUUCCUCUUGCCACUCCAACUGAAAUCUUCAUUCUUGAAUCCCAGUCUAGCACAUUUCUCCCUGAACCUUUAUUACCUGCCGAAUAACAGUCAGUAAUUCAAAGAUUAUAAAUACUGCAGGUAUCUAACUGAUAGAAAAAAUCAAACAAUAACUGGAUGUUUACAAUAUUUUUUUAACUUGACAGCUUGUGCAGCGCAUUACCAGAAUGACAAGCAAAUGUAAAGACGAGCAUAACAUACCGUGCAAGGCUGCUGAUAAGCUACCAGCAGGCAUGUACUCAUGAACAACCAGCUUCUCAUCUUUGGAAUAGUAAUAAGCCCGCAGUGGUACGAUGUUUGAAUGCUUUCCUACUGUGUGAAGAACUUCCAUGUGUUGUUCAAACUCUCUUUUCCCCACUGCUACUUCCCUCAACCUUUUUACCACAACCAUUGUUCCUUCAUCCAAAGCAGCUUUGUAUGUUGUACCAUAAGUCCCCUUUCCAAGUACUUCUGCAGAAGCCCUAAGUAAAUCUUCAAGAUCAAAGUUAUAAGAGCAUCCUUCGAAAAACACCAAUUUGUUCUUCUCAGCUUCUUGAACUCCGCUACCAAAAUCUUCGGGCUUUGGAGCUUUUCCACCAUUAGACACCUUUCCUUUUAUCACACGCGUGCUUGCAUUGCCUUUCUUCUUCAGGCAGAAGAAGAAGAGCACUACACCUAUAAGAAGAAGAAUAGCAGAUCCCCCAAUCACAAUGGCAACAAUAGCUCCGGUAUUUAGUUUCCUUGAAUAUGUCAGAUGCUGUAUUCCAGGGAUUGUAGGAGAAGAUGUUGUACUAUCUGAUGGAGGAGAAAUUGACGGGGAUAGUGCAGAGCAAUCAGCCAGAGGUGGCCCACACAAGUGUGAGUUUCCCUCAAAUGAAGAUUUUGGGAACUUCUGGAGGGGACUUGGAAUUGAGCCAUUCAGCAAGUUAUCACUCAAGUUCAAGAUCUUUAGCCUUGGGGGAUUCAAAUCGGGAAUAGCUCCAGAAAGAUGGUUAGACUGGAGGUUCAACACAGAUAAACGAGUCAAAUUUGCUAGUGCUUUUGGAAUUUCUCCACUGAAUGAAUUGAAAGAAAAAUCCAUCACUCCUAGUUGAGGAGGGAAAGAAGCAGUCAUGCUGCCAGAGAAGUUAUUGUGAUGAAGGUAAAUAGACUGAAGGGAAGGGAGUGAGAGGAUAUCAGGAGGAAGGUUUCCAUUUAGGUGAUUGGAAUGCAAACUAAGGACUCGAAGAGCAUCUAACUUCCCAAUAGUAUUUGCUGGGAUGGGACCAAAUAGACCAACAGCUGGGAGGUGGAUUGCAGUCACUCGAGUUCCUUCUUUAUUGCAGCCAAUGCCAGCCCAAGAGCUGCAAAUUUCUCUACGAGAACUCCAGUUGAGUUUUCGAAGAUGAGGAACAGCUGCAGCAAAGCCUAAAAGGGCCUGCCUAUCAGAGUUCAGAUCAGCAAUGAUCUUUGGCAGAGUUGCUAGAUGAAGCGCAAGGCAAAAAAGAGUUGCAAACAAGGAUCGAAGCCUCAUUUGAACGUCUAAUGCAUGCAGAUUCAGAAGGAUGUUUCAGUUCAAUCCCACAGUCUUUCAAGCUCUAGCUACUCCUCCUGAAUAUCCAGACAAGUUCAAAACAAAAGAAUUAGCGAAUCUUUUCUUGGAUAAAUCACAUACAAUCAAUACUCUCUUCAACUUAGCAUGGUAACAAAUUAUUUCAUAGCUAGAGGAAAACAAUGGAAACUGAGGCUCAGAAAUGGUUAAUAACUUCAAUCCAGGAGAUACAUGAUUACAGCCUUAAAAAUGCAGCAUGGAAGAAGUUAGAAAUCCAAGAGGGAAUAACUAGUUGUAUUCCUUAUCUCUUCAGUACACUAAAGCAAAGCUGUAAUUCAAUAAGGCGGAACGAAAACAGGUACAGAUUUGUAAAUGACCUCACCAAUUCCCUCAAAGUUAUGAUCAAUUGGCACAGUAGAAUUUCCUCUUGCAGGGUUUUCAUGCAGCAGUGAUUAUACUUACUGAAAGGCACCCAAUUGCAGACUACAGUAAAAGUUUAACUGACUCAGUGGAGAAGAGUGAAGUGAAGGAGUAGCUGAGAUGGUUGAUAUCAAAUUUUUUUAUUUGACAAAGAAAAAAAAGCGCAUCCUUUUGCAGCCUUUUCACAUCCAUAAAUCAAAUUCCUUUCUUGUUUCAGACUCUUCUAUUGCAAAGAAGGGAGAAAAGAAAGACAUUGUAAAUAUUUCGGAAUCCAUAACAAAGGCAUCUCUUUAACAAAUUCCUCCCAUACACAGUAAGUUAAAGAGACUCAACCCUUACUCCCUUAGUGACCACUAACCCUGAAAGUCCAAUUAAUUUCCGGAUUCUUGCAUGCUUUUGAAACCACCAAUGUUACACUAUUUAGGCUACUUUUUUGAACACUUGGCUCUAUGCUUAAGAAAUUUAAAUGGGAAGAUACUAUUGAAAGUUCAUGUCAAUAAACGCAGGUGGAAAAAGCAAUUGACUUUAAUCAAACAAGCAAAAAAUGGAGAGGAGUCAAAAGCAGAUGCCCCCUGCUGUAAAGACUACACUUUAGUGGACACUGGACGCCAUUAACCACUUCAUUUGUAUUACCACUAUGGCAACUAAAUUAUUAGAGAUUACUAGUGUCACUGUAGGUUAAAGUUCUCCACAGGAUCAAAACAGAGAAGGGAAUGCAAACAAAUUUGUUCCUCAAUUAACUUCACAAUUCACAAUCGAAUAGAAAAGCAAUGGCCCCUUUUUGCAACUACAACAAACAUUUUAAAAAUCAGAAAAACAAUGAUAGUAUCAAUCCAAAUGAAAAGUUUAGAAAUCAUGGAGAAUCCAAAACACACAAAAAGAAAAAGGGUUUAUAUAAAGUAAAAGCAAAACUUAGCCCUUUAAAUUUUUCAAGUGAUAAAAGUAAGGGAAUUCUAUGCCAGAAAAAGUAGGCCAAACUCGACCACAAGCAUUAACGUGUCAGCCAUAUUCAUGUUCCUUACUACCAUAAUCUGUGCCUCUGUCUCCAGUAUAAUGCCAAGAUUGUUUUCAACAAAUUAGAUCAUUACAAAUAUAAGUUGCUUCAUGAGGAAGCAUUGAAAGGAGAAUAAGAUAAGCUUAAUAAUGGUAACAAUACCUAAGCUGGUAAGAACCCGAAAAGAAAGCACCAGCAGAUCUUCACAAACUCCUGAAAAACCCAAACCAAUUUCACCAGAACUUCAAUUUUUCCUUACUCUUUACCCCCUCAACACAGAGUAUAAACAUAGGCAAAAGUGACGAUUUGAUCUUAGGAGUAAAUAUGGGUAGUAACCAAAAACAGAACCCGUAAAUGCUGGCAAAAGAAAUUUAAAAUUGAGAAAAUGAGGGCCAACGGUAUUGCCUACCAUAUAAAACAACUGUUAAAGAGGCGUCCGUCCUUCUUUCAUCAUUAAUAAGCCUCCAUUUUUAAUACCCAAAAAAAUCUAUAGUACAGGGUUAUUCCGAUUUCUCCAAUUUUCCCUCCCUCAAACAAACAGAGUAGUGUCGGCAAAAAGAAAAAAAAAAAAAAAGGGUACUGAAAUAAAAGACUCUUUUAGUGUACGUAAUAGGAAAACUGGAAAAUUUUUGCAGAGGUGUGGUCCGCCUAUCAUACGUACUGGGUACUUAGACUUUAUAGCUCUGAAAUCUCAAAUCAACAAAGAAUUUAUCAAAAGACUGACAUGGUGAAACAGAUUUAAAAAACAAAAAAAAGGAAGGAAUUCAGAGGAUCGUAUGUACUACUACUUACACCAUUUUCAUCUUCCUCUGAGCGGGCCCGCCAUGUUUAGAAAACCAGAGGACUCAAGCAUUCAAUGGGGGUGGUGGAAAUGGAAUAUUGGAAUUGAACGUAUUCGUAGUACUGUCAGAAUGUUGCGAAGUUUUAGGCUGAUGGGUUCAGUUUUGGUUUUUCUUGCAGCAGUUUUAUAUUGUUAUAGUAGUAAUCGAUUUCGGAUCUUUGAUCAUCACUUGUUUGAGUAAAUUCCAAAGCCAGAAAGCCAGCAAUGAAACUAAUUACUUCCCAAAUGAAGAUAUUGUAGUAGUAUUAUGUAGUUGUAGAAGCAGUGCUCCAUGUAACGUUACAAUUUCUGCUAAAGGAGGAUUUAUAUUGCAACAAAGAAAGUUUCAUCAUCAAUCGGUUUCAUUGGAUAACGUUGAAAGGGAUUAAUCUGAACUUUUCCUUGACUAAUAGGGUGGAGGGUUCUAUUAAAU